AAAUUAUGAAAAAUAUAUUUUAGGUUCUUGACGAUGUCGUCAUCUUUCUGCGACGGCUCUUCUUCCUCUUCAGGAAGCUAAAUUAACAGGGAAGUUUAGCUUUGCCAAGAAGAAGGGAAAACGAUGUCUGGAAGCUUCUACUUUGUCAUGGUUGGUCAUCAUGACAAUCCUGUGUUUGAGAUGGAGUUCUUACCAAGUGGGAAGCCUGAAUCUAAGGAUGACCACCGUCACCUGAACCAAUUCAUUGCACACGCAGCCCUGGAUUUGGUGGAUGAAAACAUGUGGCUGUCCAAUAGUAUGUACUUGAAAACCGUGGACAAGUUCAACGAGUGGUUUGUUUCUGCAUUCGUCACUGCAGGACAUAUAAGAUUCAUCAUGUUGCAUGAUGUGAGACAAGAAGACGGAAUCAAAAACUUUUUUAAUGAUGUAUACGAUCUAUACAUUAAGUUUGCUAUGAAUCCAUUCUAUGAAAUCAAUGCACCAAUCCGCUCAACAGCUUUUGAGAGGAAAGUCCAGUUUCUUGGAAAGAAACAUCUCAUGAGUUAAUCAGUUCGCACAAGGAUCUGAAAAUAUCUUGUCUAUUUGCUGUUUAUACUUGCACUUGUUUGACGUCUAUCUUUUCCUGUUUUACACAACAUAAGAUGUAUUCUACACACAUGCAGAUUUCUAUUGUCUAACUGUAGCUUGUAAGAUAAUGUUUGUUGAUUUGUUUUUUGUAAAUGAAUGGACUCGGCCACGUUAUGGCUACUUUGUGUUGAUUAUUAACAAUAAGCUUCAAAACUUCAGUUUAUCCCAGAAUUCAAUAAUGAAUAAAACAUUUUGAUUAACAGCC